CUCCCCUCUAUCUGCUCUGCACUAGAGACAAGACGAUCAUGGCGCCUGGCGCAGUCAGCACAGACAACUUCACGACGGCCAAUGCUGCCAAGGUGGAGGUCGAGACAAAGGGCAAGGCUGCGGGAGCCGAAGAGGGUCUGGGAGGCGGAAAGACAUUUGCGAGGCAGCACGAGCUGCCCAAGCUGCCAGUGCCCAAGCUCGAGGACAGCCUGGAAAAGUAUCUGACGGCGCUCAAGCCGAUCCAGAGACCAGAGGACCACAAGAGGACGCAGGAGGUCGUCGAGCAGUUCCUCAAGAAUGAAGGCCCCAAGAUCCAGGCGGAACUCGAGGCUUAUGCGAGCGACAAGUCCUCAUACAUCGAGCAGUGGUGGGAUGAGAGCUACCUCAGCGCCAGUGACUCGGUCGUGCUCAACCUGAACCCCUUCUUCAUCCUCGAAGACGACCCCACACCCUCGCGAGGAAAUCAGCUGAUGCGAACCGCGAGCCUGAUCCUCGCCAGCCUGGCCUUUGUUCACGAUCUUCGCGCUGGCGUUCUGGAGCCCGACACGGUGCGAGGCACCCCUCUGGACAUGUUCCAGUACACUCGCCUGUUCGGUACCUCUCGUAUUCCGACCGAAGACGGCUGCAGGAUGGAGACUUCGAGCAGCAGCAAGCACGUUGUCGUCAUGAGGCGAGGCCAAAUCUACUGGUUCGAUGCCCUCGACGAAAAGAACCGCCUCCUGCUCACCGAGCGGGCGUUGCUGGGCAACCUCAAGGCCAUUGUCCGAGACGCAGACCAGACGGACCCCAGGGAUGUGGCCGAGCACGCCAUCGGCAUCCUGUCGACCGAGAACCGAAAGACAUGGUCGCACUGCCGCAACGUGCUCAAGUCGAACGAGCACAAUGCGCGCUGCCUCGAGGUCGUCGACUCGGCCCUCUUUGUUGUAUGCAUGGACGACGCUGAACCAGAAGACGCCGCCCAGCUUUCCAACAACAUGCUCUGCGGCACCUACCAGCUCCAAGAUGGCGUCCAGGUGGGCACAUGCACCAACCGGUGGUACGACAAGCUCCAGAUCAUCGUCUGUGCGAACGGAGCGGCCGGUAUCAACUUUGAACACACAGGUGUUGAUGGCCACACGGUACUGCGCUAUGUGGCUGACGUCUAUACCGAGCUCAUCAUGCGAUUCGCAAAGAGCAUCCACAGCGCCACCAAGAGCCUCUUCCAUGCCUCCACGAGCCCCUAUGCAAAGGGCGCCGGUAAGAAGGCGACGGACAACGGUGAAGAUUUGGAAGUGGCCCAAAGAGUUGCGAGGGCUACGGCACCGAAAAAACUCGAGUGGGCACUGGACCAAGAGCUCAACGAUGCAAUCAAAUUCGGCGAGACGAGGCUGUCCGACCUCAUCUGCCAGAACGAAUGCCAGGUUCUUGAGUACACUGGCUUUGGCAAGAACUUCAUCACACGGCACAAGUUCUCGCCAGACGCCUUUGUCCAGAUGGCCUUCCAAGCAGCCUAUUUCUAUCUCUAUGGCCGGAAUGAGACGACGUACGAGCCGGCCAUGACCAAGGCAUUCUUGCAUGGUAGAACAGAGGCCAUUCGUACAGUGUCGCCUGCCUCUGCUGAAUUUGUCAAGACGUUCACCGCCAAAGGUGAGAGUGCAACGAAGAAGCUCAACACACUGCGCAAGGCCUGUGAAGCGCACACAAAGCUAUCCAAGGCGUGUGCAUCGGGUAAAGGAUUCGACCGACACCUGUACGGCCUACGGUGUCUGGUAAAGGAGCUCCAGCAGCAGGGAAAGUGGACCGACGAGAUCCCCGACCUCUUUACCGAUUCGGGCUACGACAAGAUCAACCACACCGUUCUGAGCACGUCAAAUUGCGGCAACCCGGCCCUGAGGCUCUUUGGGUUCGGACCCGUGGCCCCCGAUGGCUUUGGGCUGGGCUACAUCAUCAAGGACGACGCCAUCAGCGUGUGUGCCGCCAGCAAACACCUCCAGACAAAGCGCUUCCUCAACACGCUGUCCAAGUACCUCGACGAGAUUCGCGAGGUUCUCAUCGAGAACUACAAGGCGGCCAACGUCAGACAGGUCGAGACGUACAUCGACCACCAGGGCAGGGAGUGCGACAUUCGAACGGGCAUGCCCAUCGGCUCGCACCAGCACAAGAACAGUCUGAACAAUGGCUAUGACCUUGGCGACGAAGAGGGACCCAGCCCUGCCGGCUACUCGUUCUACGGAGAACAGCAGCAAGAGCAGAAGCGCGGAAAGACAAGAUCGGACUCUGAUGUCAAGGCUUCGAGAAUCGAGGGUGUGGGCAGGUUGCUGAUCCAUAACGAGUACUGAUUCGUUUUGCUUGCAUAUUUUGUAGUGGAAAUGGAAAAUCAUCAUC